GCAGCAGCAGCAGCAGUUCGGCGGUCUGUCGGCAGCGAGAGCAGGAAACUGUGAGUGCGAGCGCCGCUGUACUCCAUUCACACGCCCUGUGCUUCACUCUCACGGUACUGGAUCGAAUCACCCGAAUUAUUUCAUUCCUUGUGGAUAUAUUCGAACAUUUACGCGGCGUUGAUGCUCGUCGGAGAGAGAGGAGCCUGGCACGAUGGGUCUCCUGUUACAGGUGCUAAAGUAAGCCGUCCUCUGUAGACUCCUCACCCUGGCGUGAACCCCCCCCCCCCUUUCUCCCAGCCAGCGGGGGGAGCAGCAGGCAUGGCGGGCAUCAAGCGCGGCUACGACGGCAAGAUCGCCGGUCUGUACGACCUGGACAAGACGCUGGGACGGGGGCAUUUCGCCGUGGUGAAGCUGGCGCGGCACGUCUUCACCGGCGAGAAAGUGGCCGUCAAGGUCAUCGACAAGACCAAACUGGACACGGUGGCCACGGGCCAUCUCUUCCAGGAGGUGCGCUGCAUGAAGCUGGUGCAGCACCCCAACAUCGUGCGCCUCUACGAGGUCAUCGACACCCAGACCAAGCUGUACCUGAUCCUGGAGCUGGGCGACGGCGGGGACAUGUUCGACUACAUCAUGAAGCACGAGGAGGGCCUCACCGAAGAGCUGGCCAAGAAGUACUUCGCCCAGAUCGUCCACGCCAUCUCCUACUGCCACCGGCUGCACGUGGUGCACCGCGACCUCAAACCCGAGAACGUGGUGUUCUUCGAGAAGCAGGGCCUCGUCAAGCUCACCGACUUCGGCUUCAGCAAUAAGUUUCAGCCCGGGAAGAAGCUCACCACCAGCUGUGGCUCCUUGGCGUAUUCGGCCCCGGAGAUCCUGCUGGGAGACGAGUAUGACGCACCUGCAGUAGAUAUCUGGAGUCUGGGAGUGAUUCUCUUCAUGCUGGUGUGUGGACAGCCUCCCUUCCAGGAAGCCAACGACAGCGAAACCCUCACCAUGAUCAUGGACUGUAAAUACACCGUCCCCACCCACGUCUCCAACGCCUGCAAAGAUCUCAUAGACCGGAUGCUGCAGAGGGACCCGAAGCGGCGGGCGUCGCUGGAGGAGAUCGAGGGCCACCCCUGGCUGCAGGGGGUGGACCCGUCUCCGGCGACCAAGUUCAGCACACCUCUGGUGUCCCACAAGAACCUGUCUGAGGAGGAACACAACUCCAUCAUCCAGCGCAUGGUGCUCGGAGACAUCGCCGACCGGGAGGCCAUCAUCGAAGCCCUGGAGACCAACAAGUACAACCACAUCACGGCUACCUACUUCCUGCUGGCUGAGCGGAUUCUCCGGGAGAAGCAGGAGAAGGAGGUGCAGCCUCGCUCCUCCAGCCCCAGCAACAUCAAGGCUCAUUUCAGGCAGUCCUGGCCCACUAAAAUCGACAUGCACCAGGACAUCGAGGACAGUCUGGCCGCGUCCUCCAUCUCCCAUGCCGGUGGGCCGCAGUCUCCGGCUCGAAGCGCAGAGAACCUGCUGAACGGUCACCGGAGCAAAGGGCUGCUGGAUCUGGGCCGUCGUGAGGAGAGCAGCGAGGCCUGCAGCAGUGCUCCGGUUUACCCUCCUCAAGUGCCCGCUCACGGCCCAGGCUCACUGAAAUCCAGCGCCGCCGGUCCUCCUGGCGUAGCGUCGGGCAAGCAGCGGACCUGCCUCUUCCGGGUAGAGGAAGACGAGGAGGAAGAGGAGGAGCAGGAGCCGGCGCCCCUUCCCACGCAGGUCAUCCUGCGCCGCAAGCCGGCGUCUGUUACCAACCGGCUGACGUCGCGCAAAAGCGCACCGGUUCUCAACCAGAUAUUUGAAGAGGAGGGCGAGUCGGACGACGACGACUUCGACAUGGACGAGCGCCUGCCGCCCAAGCUGAGCCGACUCAAGAUGAACAUGACGUCGCCCGGGACGGUGCAGAAGCGCUACCACCGGCGCAAGAGUCAGGGUCGAGGGUCCAGCUGCUCCAGCUCGGAGACCAGCGACGACGACUCGGAGAGUCACCGCCGCCGCCUCGACAAGGAGUCCGGCUUCACCUACAGCUGGCAUCGUAGGGACAGCAGCGAGGGCCCGCCUGGGAACUCCGGCGGCAACGGAGGUGGUGGCGGCAGCAGCGGUGGGCAAAGCAAACCCCCAGGAGAGGGUAACACGGGACCAGACAGGGGGAGCAACAACGGCGGGAGCGGAGAAAGCGGAACCACCGGUCAAGGAGGGGGUUCCAAAGGACAGGGAAGUCCGUCAAGCUGCUCCAGCGGUAGCGGCAGCGGCAACCCUUCCUCGGGCUCCGCCCGCACCGCGGCCCGGAGCGCAGACCUGGUGGAGAGCCUGAAGCUCAUGAGCCUCUGUCUGAGCUCGCAGUUUCAGCGCCACGCCUCGGAGCAGGCCGGAGGACGCUUCAUCGUGGACCCGCAGAGUCUCUCCAGCAUCCGAGUGCAGGAGAAAUCCCUGUGGAAGAUGUGCAUCGGCGCCAACGCCGGCCUGGGAGCGGCGGCCGAGCGCUACCCGGACCAAGCGGCGGCCGUGCUGAGCGAACUCGCCCUGGCCAAGCAGAACAACCUGAACUUGAAGGCCAACGUGCUGCAGCUACCUCUCUGCGAGAAAACCAUCUCCGUGAACAUCCAGAGGAACCCCAGGGACGCUCUGCUCUGUACGCCCGCCCCCGCCACCUGCUGCCAGGUCAUAUGACGGCGCCUCGCAGUGCAGGACGCGAUCGUCGACCGUCGCCGCAUUUGUAGCAUUAAGAACUCCGGUAGCUGCGUCUGACCUUUCCUGACCGUCGGUCGUCUUUAAUCAUUCUUACAUCUUAUUUAUUGAGUUCAGUCUCUCAGACCUGUUGAGUUUUAUGACGUGCAGCUACUCGUUCUGUUUGUUCGUUUCAGGGGUGACGUUUUUAGUCCGUUUUACAGUAUUUUUCCCCUUUUCUUUGCAUCAUCAUGUUUUCACUUUUUACUCUCCUGAAUUAAAGCGCUUAAGAUUAAAAAACAAGGUGGUUCGGUAUCGGCCGGUAAACCAAACCAGCUACACGUGUAGAUAUGUUUUAUAUUUAAUAAAGCUAAAUCAAUACGACCAAACGUGUAACAGAGCAGCCCUGAUAAUACAAGCACUUUAUGUAUCAGCAGUACUAAAUUAUAAUAUCCUCCAGAGUACCGAAUUAGCAGGGCCUGGGUUCGAUUCCCUUUCAGUGUGGAGUUUGUAUGUUCUCCCUCCCUGUGCCCAUGUGGGUUUCCUCCUACAGUACAAGGACAUGCGGUCAGGUUAAUUGGAGCUACAAAUUUGCUGUGUGUGCCUCGUGAUCGAUUGGUCAUCUGUCCGGGGUGUUCCCUGCCUCUUCGCAUCAAUGAAUCAGACCCACCGCAGCCCUGACCAGGAUAAAUUAGUAGGAAAACAGACAGUGAAAUGAGUACAUGCUCUGUAUUCACAGUUAUAUGAUUCCUAUUUUGACAUUAAACACACACACACACACAUGUACAUACACUUGUACGUUACCACGGUACGUUCUUCUGUGACCGAGUAAUUAAAACACACACUAGUUUAGCCAGAAUAUAAAAUAUAAAUACAAAAAAAGACCUUAAAAAGCUGAUUAGAUGUUUUUAAUAGCCGUGAGUACUCGGUUCAAAUCCUCAGUAGGGUGAAGAUCAGUACUGCUCAACAGUAUUCAAGGUUUAAGAUCUAGGGCUUAUUCGAGAGUGUGAGUGCCAUUGGAAUUCAUUAUAAAUG